AUGAAUUAUUGGAAUAAUCAAUCUCCUCCAACUAUAAUCAAACCUGAAUUAAGUUCAAAUUUACUAGAUCCAUCCUUUAAAAAUAGUGAAAAUGCAAGCAAAAAUAAAAGUAAAAAAAAUAAUAAAAAUCAUAAUGAUAACAGUCAAAUGAUAAUUAAACCUAAUAAUGAUUGUUCUCCUAACAAUAAUAUAGCUACUACUGUCCCAAAUACAGCGGUAGCAACAAAUAUAGUUCCCGCUUACCCAUAUAACCAUAAUAAUUAUAACUAUAUUCCAAAUACUCAGUAUUACUAUAAUCCCAAUAAUCUCUAUAAUCAACACUAUUUGCAAAAUAGACAAUAUCCAUUACAACAACAGCAACAGUUCCCUCAGCAAUUUUAUCCAUCAAAUAUUCCUGUACAACAACAUCAACCACAAAAGAAUAAUGACCAAAAUGCAAUUCAUAAUUCUUUGAUGAAUAACAAAAAAUUCAACAGGCCAUCAGUAUCAAAUAUACAAGAUACGCAAACUUCUGGUUCUAACAUUAACAUCGCUGCUACAGCAACUACUAACAGAACAAAUCUAGUGGCAAAUAAUGAUCAAAUGAAUAGUAGUAAUAAUAUAGCCAACACUUCUCCAUUCAUAUAUCAUUGGGGCCCUAUUAAUACCAGCAAAAAUAUCAGUGAACUUCAAGAUAGUAAUCCUUACUCAAGUACUCAACCAUUCAUAAUACAGAGACAAUUUUAUAAUGAUCUUCCUUAUGCUAAUAAUCAAAGGCCUCACGUGUAUCAAUUGUCUUCUCAGCAACCUUUGUAUUCUUCUACAAUUCCAUUCACUGUCAGUGGCAAUGAUACUCAACCCAAUGCUAGUAGUACCAGUACUGUGCCAGCAAAACAAGAUAUACUAAUACAGGAAAAGAAACAUAGCAUGCAUAGCAUCGAAAGCAAGCCCAAUGAGUCAAAAUAUAGAAACGACGCCAAUAGCAGCAAAGAUAACAACGAUAGUAAUAAUGCUGGUGGUAAUGGUGACAAUACUGACAAUAGUAGUAAUGUUAUUGGUGGCAAUUUAACUUUAAUUCAUAGUUGUCAUCUUUGUGAAAAGUCCUUUAGAAGAAAAUCUUGGUUAAAGAGACAUCUAUUGUCACAUUCAACAGAAAGACAGUUUCUUUGUCCCUGGUGUCUUUCAAGGCACAAACGUAAAGACAAUCUUUUACAGCAUAUGAAACUAAAGCAUUCAAACUAUCUUGUAAUAGAAUUGAAGAAAAAUAAUGCAGUAUUUAGUUGCGUUAAUGGUGGUAAUAGAGAAAAACUUAAUGAUACCGACGAUAUCAGAAAUCUUAUAUCUCUUGGGGUAAUAAAUAAAGAUGAUGUCAAGAAAGUUAUCAACAAACUAAUCGAUAACCAUAAUAGUAAUAGUAAUGAUAAUAAUGAUAAUGAUAAGGGUGCUGCUGAUUCUCACAAUAGCAAUAGUAAUAAUAGUAAUAUUCCGGGAUAA